UUUAUCGGCAGGGUGAAUGCACCAGUUGGAUCGCAGGUUGCACGGACCUCUCUCAUCUCAAGAUCACAAUGGCACUCUCAGCGCAAUCGAAGCUCAAGCUGAACGACGGAAAUGAGAUCCCCAUCAUCGGCUUCGGCACUUACGAGAUGGAAGGCGAAGAAGCCUAUAACGCCGUCCGGUGGGCUCUCGAGGCUGGUUAUCGCCACAUUGACUCUGCCCAGUGGUAUGAGAACGAGAAGGAGGUCGGGCGCGCCAUCCUGGACUGGUGCAAGGCGACGGAAACGCCUCGCGAGACGGUCUUCUAUACCACGAAGCUCAAGUACAACAACGGCUACGCCAACGCAAAAGAAGCGAUGCGAAAGUCAGUAGCGGAGUGCGGUCUGGGUUAUGUCGACCUGUAUCUCCUUCAUGGGCCUAUCGGAGGCCGCGAAAUGCGUCUGCAGAGCUGGAAAGCAGCCAUCGAUGCGAAAAAGGAGGGCCUCUUUCGCAGCAUCGGCGUGAGCUGCUUCUCCAUUAGACAUCUCAAGGAGCUCAUCGACGCCGGGCUCGAGGUUCCCGCGGUCAACCAGAUUGACCUGCACCCGUUCAUGACUAGGACGGACAUAGUCGCGUUCUGCCGCCAACACAAUAUCGUGCUGGAGGCGUGGGCGCCCUUAGUACGCGGUCUUCGGUUCCGCCACCCCAAGAUCGUCGCCUUGGCCGAGAAGUACAAGAAGGACCCCGCACAUGUCUUGCUGCGGUGGUCUCUACAGAAGGGUUUCGUUGCCAUUCCGAAGUCCGCGAAGCGCAGCCGCAUUGUGUCUAAUAUCAACCUGUUCGACUUCGAACUCAUCGCAGGGGAGGUUGCAGAGCUCGAUGCGUUGGACGAAUAUCUCGUCACUGAUUGGGACCCUACGAACGCGCCAUGAAAGUCUUGGCUACAUUCAAUGACAGGGCAUUGUAUGUGCAACAAAAUCAUAUUGGUACAUGAGGCGGAAACGAUAGAAGACACAAUCAAAUAACUGUAUCAUUCAGCAACGUACUCUGGCAGGAUGUAGGAACGCGGUUGAGGUCCUUGGGCGAAGGCAGUAACGAUUCCGACCGAUUCCGUAAGCAACGGCUUUUUGGAGGAUGUACCUGAAAAGAAUCCCACUGCGCU